AUGGCUAUCGAUGCUCCGACACCUCCGUUGCAGCGGCCUCGCAAGCACCGGCAGACGAUCCCCGCAGUCUGGAUGAGGGCGGGCACUUCAAAAGGCCUCUUUCUACAUCAACGUGAUCUUCCUGCCAAAAGAGAGCAAUGGGCACCGGUCAUCCUCGCUGCUAUGGGUUCCCAAGACGGUGAUCCUAAACAACUGAAUGGCGUUGCGGGAGCAACGAGUACGACUUCCAAAGUUGCGGUCAUCGAACCUUCAAGCAGGCCAGACAUCGACGUGGAGUACACAUUCGUGCAAGUCUCAAUCGGUUCUCCCAAGCUUGACUUUACUGGAAACUGCGGUAAUAUUGCUUCAGGAGUGGGGCCAUUUGCAGUGGAUGAGGGCCUAGUAGGAGUCCAGCCAGGCCAAAAGAGGAUUGAUGUACGAAUAUUGAACACCAAUACCGGUCGAACAAUCGUGGAAUCCUUAGAUCUUGACGAAGACGGACAUUUUCUCGAAGAUGGUGAAUACCGGUUGGCUGGCACAAAAUCCAGCGGUAGUCCUAUCGGCGUCUCUUUCGAGAAGCCGGCAGGUGCAAUGACAGGCAAGCUUCUCCCGACUGGUAAGCCUGUAGACAUUCUGGAAGUACCGGGUACAAUCACUCGACCGUCAUGCGAAGUGCAGGCCAGCUUGGUGGAUGCGGCGAACCCCUUUGUACUAGUCGAUGCUGCCUCGGUACCAGACUAUGUCAGCAGUGCUGCAAUAUCAUCGGACUACUAUCUGGACUUUUUGGAAGCCGUUCGCUGUCAUGGUGCCGUACGCAUGGGAUUGGCUCCCGAUGUCGAGACUGCUGGACAGACUCGCGGCACUCCAAAGGUUGCUCUGCUGUCGAUGCCAAAAGUGCCAGAGGGGGCUUUUGACGAGCUGCCUGAUGUGCAGGUCACCGCUUUGAGUAUGGGAAAGGUCCACGGCAGUCUUCAGCUCACCGGCGCUGUAUGUCUCGCCACUGCAAUAUGCACGGAAGGUACAAUAGCCAACAAGAUCGCUCUUCAAGCGGAACAAUGGAGAAUAGCGCAAUCGGGACCAGGACUGCCACGCCACGAUAGCUUCACAACUUUGCCGGAACAGUCGCGGAAAGUCCUCAUCAAGCAUCCUGGUGGUACUAUUGGCGCGGAUGUGUUACGGAGCGACGAAGAGGUUCGCAGUGUGAAGCUGCUGCGAACAGCGCGGCGACUGUUUGAGGGCAAAGUCUGCUUCUUGUCAUAG